AUGAAAGGGCCUUCAGCAAAACCACCAAAACCAAUGAAAGGGUCUUCAAAGAAACCACCAAAACCAAUGAAAGAGCCUUCAAACAAACCAACACCGAAACCUAUGCCAGGGCCAUCAAAUAAACCACCAAAAUCAACAAACGGGAAUCCUGUGACGCCUGCAAAAAAACCACCACAUCAAAAUCCAAUGAAACCAACAACCGAAAAUCCACCUGAUUUCUCUAGCCUCUCUAGCGAACAACCAACCGAAAGUUCACCGGCACCCACAAACGAAACACCACAAUCAUCGGAAAAAUGUCCUACUACAGAAUCAUCAAAUAACGAGACAUUGCAACCUACAUCAGGAGACAAACCGGAGCCAACAGAGGAAGUGCCGGAAAAUCCCACAUCACCAAAUUAA